UACCACGUACGUGUAUGCUAGUGCUCUCUCCCUCUCGACUGCCUGGUGUUAAUACAUGUUACUAUCCGUACUUUCAGAAUAUCAUACAGUUUAUGAAGUGCUGUGAUUUGCGAUGGGAAAGUGUGGCUUAGAAUCUCCUGUGAUGGGAACGAAAGCUUCAGGUGACGACAUAGUACAAAAAGGGAUCGACAAUGUUGCCUAUGAACAAACGGACACACAUUAUGGUGAUGAAUCCUCCUGUAGGUAUAUCCAAGGCGAGUUUUCACUGGACGGAGAAAAUAAGCCAGAUGUGAGAAAAGAUUCCCCUCACCGCGAGCAGGGUACAGGACAGGACGGAAAGGCUGCAGGAGAUAAGAAUGAAGGACAGAGAGUAAAGUACACUUGGCAGGUAGUGGCUACUUUGGUAAUGUCCCUGAUCCACCUAAGCGUCGGGACAAUCUACGGGUAUCCUGGAGUGAUGCUUCCGGAGUUGACUGACCCCAGCACGACCGACAUCUUCCUAAGCACUAACGAGGCGGCUCUGUUCAGUAGCCUUUCCAAUUUAGGAGCAGCGUUCGGUGCGAUCCUGGGUGGGGUGUUCUUGGUGAGAUUAGGUCAACGUACGACCUUGCUUAUCGGCGUCCCUCUCACCGCCGCCGCCUGGCUGGGUCUCGCGUUCGCUGGUGUUCCUUGGCUGAUCCACGCCAUGAGGUGCGUCCUUGGCAUCACCACUGGCUUCAUUGCACCUGCAACCGGCAUAUAUAUUCUGGAAAUCUCUCACAAGAAAUCCCGUGGCGUGUUCUACGGCGUGCUGACGACGGUGCGACAAAUGGGGUUCCUUUGCGUCUACGCCCUCGGGAGUUCAGACUUAGGAUGGCGGAAUGUAAGCCUCGUGUGCGCUGGGAUCGCGCUCGUUCCCUUCCUAGCGCUGUUCUUCCUGCCGAAUGCGCCGCGCUGGUUGGUGACCCAAAACCGCGUCGAGGAGGCCCGGAAAUCCCUCGCUUUCUUCAGGGGGAAAGACUACGACUCGACCUCCGAACUGAAGGCCAUCACUGACCAGGUGGGGCAACAUGCUGAGCAGAAUAAGUCCUUCAUAACGCAAGUAAAAAUGAUGAUGGAACCCGCCACCCUGAGGACCCUCGCUUUACUCGUCGUUAUAUCCGUCCUUUCAACCCUGAGUGGAUAUAUCAUCGUGACAACAUAUACCGUUACUAUUCUGCAGUCUACGCAGGGAGAUCUGGAUGCGUAUAUCAGCACCAUCAUCAUCGGUGCUGUGAGGGUAGGAGGCACUCUCGUCCAUUUAGCCGUCAUCGACCGGUUUGGUAGGAAGCCUCUGCUAGUAGCCUCAUUUGCCCUGGGCACGCUUUGUGUGGCGGGUCUCGGAGGCUAUUUCUACAUCCAGAACACGACUGGAGAUGCGAGCUACUUGGGCUGGCUCCCCCUCACCUGCAUGGUCGUCCUCAUAUUCUGCAUGGGCAUCGGCCAACCCGUCGUGUCAAUCGUGCAAGGAGAACUGCUACCUACGACCGUGCGAGCAGCUGGCGUUUCCCUCAUAAUGAUCCUCCUGUUCCUGGCGGGCUUCGUUCUAAUACAGACAUACCCUCUCCUGUCGGGGGCUCUGGGUGAACACGGAGCCUUCUGGUUGUACAGCGGGGCGAGUCUGGCUCUGGUUCUCGUGGGCGGGCUCAGAUUACCCGAGACGCGCGGGCGGUCGCUGGAGGAGAUCUCGGGGAGGCGGGAACGGCGCGCGUCGCUUUCUCCAUCGCUUGCCUGAACUCCUCGGUAAAAUAUUGCAUGUGAUAAAUCUUCAUAUAAGACAAUAAUAAACCUUAUAAUUUCAUGAUGUAUGGGAAUAAAGACACACAAGCAUGGAUAUAUGAAUAUUGAAUGGAUGUAAUAAUGAUAGCAGAUAAAAUGGUAAACAAGGCGUUUAUAGCCUCCAAGAAGGACAGGGAAAACUAUGAACAAAUAGAAUAAAAAUAAAAUGGAAGUAAAUAAGUACUGAAAGAUAAGUCUCGAAAUUCGUAUGUUUUGACUUGAUUAUGAUAAGGCUUAUCAGAUAGUGGAUGGAUUGUAAAAACGAUCGUGAAUAAUUUUGCUGAGUGAUGUGUACAAAUUAUCUCAGUCUAGAUAUGCGGAAAUGAGAUAUCUGUGUCGUAAAAAGUGAGGGCAUACAUCAACAUGUUUAUAUGUGAUUCACCAGUUUACAGUGAAUACAUAAUAUAUUGGUUUAAUUGACGAAAUAUAUCAAAAUGUAACUAUGAACUUCUUUAACCAU